AUGCAGAUGGCUAUCUUCUCUUCUUCCUUGUUUCUGCUCAUCUUUCUCUGGAACAUAGAGCUAGGAGCUGAGGGUCGAGAACUCCACUUUGGACACUGUAGGGUACAGCGUGCAAUUCUUCAAGAUUUAUGGAGGGCCUUCCAGGCUAUAAGGAGCACUGUGCAAACCCUGGACCACAACACAGACAUCCGGCUGCUGAGGCAGGAGUUUCUUCAGAACGCCUCGUUGGCUGAAAUCUGUCACCUCAACUAUUCCCUGUUGAAUUUUUAUUUGAGCAACAUUUUCAAUAAGUACCACACAAAGGCAGAGCAACUUGGGAUCCUGACACCAUUCACUGCUUUGGCCAACAACUUCUUUGCCAUCCUGAAGAAACUUCAGCAUUGUAAAGAAAGGGGGAUGUUUUCUUUAAGUGAGAGCUCCCAAAGGAAGUUUCAGCUAUUCCAGCAAGAAUUUACAAAGCUGAACCCAGAAGCACGGCUGACAAAGGCCUUGGGAGAAGUGGACAUUCUCUUAGCCUGGAUGGAGAAAGCUUUUCGGCCCUGA